UUGGUUUAUACGUCGUCAUUAGUCGCUAGAAGCGAUUUUUUUUCCAUCGGUGGCUUCAAAUCCGAAUUAGUUGAUUGGCGUGCGAUAAUAUAUAUAGUAUAUUUAAGCGUUCCAAGAAAGCAUUUCAUGUGUUGUGUUCAUCAGUUCGCAGUUUGCUUGCAGGGCCGGAUUUAGACGGUGGGGGGCCCGGGGCAAAUUUAUUUGUGAGGCCCUCUUUUCUUAAAACAUUUAGAGUUGUCUUUGAAGGACUUUCACUAUUAAAAAAAAUAUCCACAAGAUGCCCAUCGACACCAUGGAACUGAUGGAGGCAGUAGGAGCUCUGAUGGAUAACGAAAACGUACGGGUCACUGUAAAAAGUAGUGCUAAAGGUGCUGCCAUCUGUGCCGCUUCCUGUUUUAUUGGUGGCCUCCUGGGCGGUUCCAAAGGUCUGGCAUUGGGAGGAACGAUUGGUGCUGUCAGUGCUGCUAUUAUGAGUAGAGGGCAAUUCCGUCCUGUUAGCGAAAUUAUUUUGCACGAAAUGAGUGAACGUGACCGAGAGCAACUCAAGGAUCGCGUAGUAUAUGCUGUGCGAGACUUCCAUCCUACCGAUAUGGGCGUGCUACUGUCGCUUCUUAUGGGUAAUAAGGAGGUCCAGAAGGCAGUACUCAAUACCGUAACGACGUUUAUAACAAACGAGAUGGAUAUGCAAAUUGUCGACUGAUACUGUAUUUACGGAUCAACACAUCAACUAGAGCAAUGGUAUGCACAGUAUUUGUUAACAAUGAAUAUUUGAAUAAUAAAAAGUUUAUAAAAAUGUUGGACUGAUGGUUGGAUGUGCUGAAUCACAAUUGAUUUUGAGAUGACGAUGAAAUUUUGCAUUCAAAUUGAAAUUGUGGAGUUUAUACAUAACAAAACGUUCUUACUAAUAGGGUUUUAUGACAACUAAAUCAAGGUCUAUAUGAACACCAGAACGCAAAAAAACAUUCUUGUACGCUAUAAUUCAUUACAAAAAUUUAUUAUGAAUUGAAAAUAAAAUAGCUAACUAUUUACAGUUAACAGCAUCCUCAA